AUGUCAAAAGCUUCCCAGGUGCUCAUGAUUGAGCCUUCACAUGAACUCACCUUUAAAGGCCCUUUUAAUGAUGUGGUUACUUGUGAUAUGAGGCUUACGAAUCCCACUGAUCGCCCAGUUUGUUUUAAAGUGAAGACAACAGCUCCAAAACAGUACUGUGUUCGACCAAAUUCUGGUUUACUUGCUCCGGGAGAGACAUGGAAUGUAGCAGUCAUGCUUCAGCCUUUUGAUUCUAUCGGGAACAUAGAAUUGGAGCACUCAAAACAUAAAUUCAUGGUACAAAGCCUUUAUGCACCAUCGUGUGAUUCUUCGUUAGACGAUAUUUGGAAAAAUGCACAGUCUUCGGAGCUUAUGGACUCUAAGUUGCGAGUUGUAUUUGAAAAUCCUCCGACUAUGGAAUUUACAAGAGACAGGACACCACCACGGGUGUCGUCAGAAUCAAAGUCUUAUAUAGCUGGCCCCGUUACGGAUAUGGAUGCUGAGAUGCGUCGUGUAACUGAAGAGAAAAAUAAGGCAGAAGCUGCGAAGGCCAACUUAGAAAGAGAUAACAAAAGCCUUAAAAUCCGACUUGCUGAGCUUGAAGCAAUUCCGCAAGUUACGGGUAUUCAGAUAUCAAAAAGCGGAUUUGAAUUGCUUCAUGUAAGUUUUACAGCUUGGAAAAUAUUACGGUUUCAAGUUUAUAAGUUUUUGCAUAUUUAUCAUUACUUUGAAAAAAAACUAUUUUUAAAUAUUUGGAUUUGUUUGCAUAAUUUUUCUGAACGAGGGUCAAGGUAUGCAUUAAAAUGA